AUGUUAUCUACGACUGUUCUUCUGAGCCUGGUCUCGAUGGUGUCUGCUAUCAAGACUUACGACACCUCGACCUACAAGCACUUUUACGAGCCAAAAGAUAGUCCAUUUUCUGACCUGGAUACUGUGUUCAAUAAGUCGAGUGGGACCAAUGGAGGAUUCUACAACACGUCGCAUGUUGCGGACUCCAAAUAUGGUGCCUACAAUUUCUGCAACAUGCCGCACGUCAGAAGCACCGAAUACCCCACACCAAACUCUUCGUAUACGCUCGAAUAUGUGGAAUUGAUGCACCGUCACCACAAGAGAACUCCUUAUUUGGCCAAUACGCUGCCUUUUGAGGAUAUUUCUCUUUACUGUGACGAGAGUUCCAACUACUACUACUCCGGUUUCAAUGCGGGUAACGAUUCUACUCUGCAGGUUGCUUGGGCCAAUUAUGUUGACCCAGAAAAUCCUUUCGCCUAUUCCGAGCAAACAGGAUACAACGGAACUUGUCAACUACCCCAAAUCUCGUACCAGGGACUUCAAGAUUGUUACCAGCACGGCAAGGACGUUGCCAAGGUGUACCGCGACCUUCUUGGAUUUCUGCCAGCUGAGUACGAUCCAGAACUGGUGCAAUUUCGCGUCACCAACAACGUGAUUACCUCCGAGGUUCUCUCUGCUGUUGCCAAAGCGAUCUAUCCCAGCGAGUCCAAAAUCAAGGCCAAAAUUCAGCUCGACGCCAUUGACUCUUUGGAACCUGCCUACACCUGUGAUUAUGCAACCGACAUGCGGGAAUGGAUCUAUGCAUCUGACGAAUGGGUCGAGCACCUCACCCGGGCAGACUCUCUUUAUUCAAAACUGGAUUCCAUCACUGGUGUUGAUCCAGAAUCUGAGGGAUUUCACAUGUCAUUCGAUCAUUACUUCGAUAAUUUCGCGUUCCGUAGUUGUCACGGCUAUGAUCUGCCAUGCAGCAUUGACGACCCCACAAAAUGUGUCACCCAGGAGGAUGCUGAGCAGGUGUUCCGCCUGGGAGACUUCGAAUGGAGUUACCAAUACCGUGCCUCCAAAAACUCUACUCUUUACGAUGUUUCAAACUACGGAGCAUUUUUGAAUGAACUGAAACACAGACUGGUCCAGAAGCAGGAGGGAGCUCUUGCAUUGAGGUACAUGCAUAAUGUCGGCCAUGACGGUUCCAUCGGGCCAAUGCUCGGCAUAUUGCAGGUUGAUUUUAUGAGAUGGCCAGGAAUGGGAGCAGAACUCAGUUUUGAGAUGUGGGAUAAACACGGAGACAAAUUUUUGAGGGUAUUAUAUGGAGGCCAGCCCUUGAAUACCACUGGUCCUUUGGGAACCAUCGAUAUGAUUCCACUGGGGAAGUUUGUGGACUAUGUUGAAGACUUGAUUGGUAAAGACGGAAGUGUUGUAUAUGAUAUGUGCAACUCUGUUUGA